CUAGCACAUGGACUCAGUCGUCCCUCCAUACACACUUCAGAGGAAGUGAACAUGCUGCUCUGUUAACAUGUCAUCUCUAACUUUCUUUCUCUGAUGGUGAAUCUGUUUGUUGGUGAUUAUUUGGUGGACACCAGGACCUCGGAGAUGACCUGAGUAGUCUAAUACAUUACAUAGAUCCCAGUUUAUUUGAAGCUGUGAGUAAAAAAAGAGCAUACUGACUCAUGCUUUGGCAUGUAACUGGAGACUAGUUUCACAUAUUUUGCGCGUAAAGCCUACUCCAGUCUUCUGUUCCAUACUUAUGAACAUAAUGUAGAUUCUUCUGUUGGAGAAGUGAGCACAUAUAACCCGCUCUAACGUUUCCCAGUGGUUAUUUUUGGGAAAGCAUUUCUGGGAGAGCUCUGCUUAACCUAACAAAACACUGUUCCAAGGGGAACAUGACUAACGCGCUCUCAUGCGUCCGGGACAACUCCGAAAUACCAGCUGUUUUGCGCUUUUAUUUUGAUGAAUUAACCCUUCCAGUUUGAUCUAGUAGGCAAUAAUAGGGGCUGGAGUGAUAAUCUGUAUGUGGGACUGGACACCUGCGGCACUGGAUGUGAUUUACAGAAGCCUUUCUGCGAUUAAAGAGGUGGGAUUAUGGAGCCUGGGAUGCUUCUGGAGCAGAAUGACUCUAGUUUGAGCGCGGUGCCACUGGCACAUCCGCUGUGCUCAGAAUGGAGGAGAGACCCCGAAGGAUCUGUUUUUCACCUCGCUAAUAUCCUGCUGGUGCUGGGCUUCAUGGGCGGUAGUGGAUUUUACGGAUUGAUCUACAUGUUUAGUCUGAUGUCGCUCGGGUUUUUGUGCUACUCCUUUUGGGCAUGGUCCAAUCCGUGCACCACGGACUCCUUCUCCUGGGCUUUUGUCCUCUUUGUCAUUUCUGUUGCUCAGGUCGUCCAUGUCGCGUACCGCCUGCGGAGUGUGACUUUCGAGAAGGAUUUCCAGGAUCUCUAUGGAUGCAUGUUCCAAAAGUUGGGAGUGUCUCUCAGUCACUUCGCCAAGAUCGUCUCUUGUUGCGAGCAGGAAAUCCAUACUAUUGAAAAAGAGCACUAUUUUGCAGUCGAGGGCAAAACUCCUAUCGAUAAACUGUCUGUUCUGCUCUCCGGGAGAAUCCGUGUUACAGUGAAUGGAGAAUUUCUACACUACAUCUACCCUUUCCAGUUCUUGGAUUCACCUGAGUGGGAUUCACUCAGACCGUCGGAGGAGGGAGUUUUCCAGGUUACACUAAGAGCAGAUGAUCCCUGCAGGUAUGUGGCUUGGAGACGCAAGAAGUUAUAUCUGCUCUUCGCCAAACACCGAUACAUCGCCAAGAUAUUCGCACUGGUGGUGCGCAAUGACAUCGCCGAUAAGCUGUACUCUCUGAACGACAGAGCUCUGGACGCACACGGCUUCCGCUAUGAUAUGCGUUUACCCAGCUUCUGCCACACGCCACAGGCACCGCUAGAAAAACCACACACCAGCUAGAGAGGUCACGUGACCCCGACCUGGAACGUCCUCCCACUCAUCCAGGAGAAAGGAAGUCUUAAAGAAAGCAGAAGGAAAUCCACGAGGUGGUGGAGGUGUAUUUCUUAUACACACUUGCCUUUUGCAAUGUGUGUUAGUUGCACAUCGUGUGUUAGUCCUGAUGUUGGAUGUUCAGUACAUCAGUCAUGCCUCAAAUACAAGCUUUAUUGUGAUGCAUUCUUAGUCUAUUAUUUGCAUAAAAGAAAAAAAUGGUCUAAAGUUGCCAUUAGGAUGAAUGUUUGAACAGCUCUUUGAAUGUUCUGUCUAAAAGACAUUUAGCUCAUGCUUUUGCAGAUCUGAAUUCCCAAAUAAAGGAGAUUUUGUAAUCA